AGAAGUGAGGAAAAUCAUCAUCAUCGGUCCCGCUAGUGUGCUAAUCGGUCCUGACUGUUUUUGUAUAUUUUUGGACGUCCAAGAGUGUUGAUAUGUUAUUUUAUCGUUGGAACCCGUCGCUGCAAUAGCAAAAUCUGCUGCUGCUGCUCGCCCGUGCUCUCGCGUUUGCCGCCGCCUGUUUGUGCCAAUUCUGCAGCGGAGAAUUUAUCAGCAGACCUCGGAGGCCACUAGUCUGAGUCGGAGUCGGCACCGCACCGGUCGUGGAUGUGUUUUUCUGUUGUUUAUGAUAAUAAAGUGAAAUUUUGAUUGAAAACAAUGUCGGUGUGAUAUGUACCUUCGACCGUCUCGCCUUUUUCGUAAAUGGUCCGGGUUUUUAUCAUUAUUGGAAGCAAGACGAUUAGUGCGAGUGUGUGAGUGGACUCAAGCUCGGAGAAAACCAGUUUAGCGAAAAAAAUAUUUGCACAAACUUGUUGUGGAAGAUAAUAUUGUUGGGAAUAACAAAUUUAGCUGUUUAAACUACAAACAAACUGCAAGUGAUCCAGCUGAGACACGCGACCUUCUUGGCUUACUGAUUGUGUGUUUGAAAAGUGUAUCCCUCAAGAUGCAUACCUUGUUCACGGAUCAGAAUACUUUCUCGCGGCACUACGGUCAUGUGCAGCCGGGGUAUCCUGCGAAUACCGGCACCAUGACAUCGGCUCAUCACUACCCGUACGAUCAAUACUCACGGUAUCCGUAUGCUGGACCCGCCUACGCUCUCACGGCAGCCCAUCAAAACAAGGAAAUGGUGAAACCACCCUAUUCCUAUAUUGCUCUGAUUGCCAUGGCCAUCCAGAAUGUUGCUGAUCGCAAGAUUACCCUGAACGGAAUCUAUCAGUAUAUCAUGGAGAAGUUCCCGUACUACCGAGAUAAUAAGCAGGGAUGGCAAAAUUCGAUUCGGCACAAUCUGAGCCUGAACGAAUGCUUCGUCAAGGUACCACGUGACGACAAGAAGCCAGGAAAAGGAAGCUACUGGACGCUCGAUCCAGACUCGUACAACAUGUUCGACAAUGGAUCCUUUCUGCGCCGUAGACGACGCUUCAAGAAGAAGGAUGCCCUCAGAGAAAAAGAAGAAAUGGCGAAGCGUCAGAGUAUGAUGCUCGAGGAUAAAAUGGGCGAUAUCAAGCCCAUCAAAAUUAUGGGCGGAUCUCAUCUGGAUGGUAAACAAUUUAGCCAUCAGUUUAAACGUGAACCGGGACUAGAUCUUGCGACGCAGUGCAUGGUUAAAGAUAGCUUAACCCCCACUCUUCUGAACUCCUGCCACGAAUCUCUGGCCACUCAAAUGAAUCACCUUUCCACUGGUGACCAUGGUUUCACGGUGGAUUCUCUAAUGAACGUCUACAACCCACGACUGCACCACACAUCCUACCCGUACCACUUCAACGAGGAUCAUUUGGUGACAACAUCAACGCAAUAUCGUCACCAGCAUAGCAGCGCUCAUCAUCCGCCUCCGCAUGGAGGCUGGUACACACCAGAGACACCUCCGGAAUCGAUUGGAAAUACCUCCGGAGGGAGCUCUUCAACACCGACCAUUCCGACAUCAUCGCAGCAUUCGUCUGGUUUUCGGGACAUGGUUUUCGAGCACAGUCAAACCAACUGCCAACUGGAUACGGGCAGUCCCACCAACAGUAUAACAUCCGCGAGUCCUCCGGUGAUUCCCAGUGCAGCUAGUAGUUCUGCGGCGGCUGUGGCAGCCGGGCACCUGACCGCCGGCAACCUGAGUCAUCUUGGGCACUAUCGGUCGCACGUCGGCUACUACCAGGAUUGCGGUAUCAAGUACGUGUAAGAAUAGGUAUCUCCGGGGCUUUAGGCUAUUCAUUAUUGUUCCGAUCGCAUCUCUCACGCUGUAGUAGGUGCUCUCUUGCUGAAGUGCGCUCGAAAGCAUCAAUCAUUAACGUUCCGUCGGCUUGCUUGCCAUUAGUACCAUAUGCUGUAUGCUCUUCAGUUCAAGAAGCUUCUUCGCCGAAAAUGAGAGCUAUUUGGCCUUGAAAAAUAUUUUCAUUCGUGCGUUUUUGUGGGAAUUCGCUGUGAAUAAAAUAGGGUUCUAAUGGUUAUUUGAAUCGGUUUAUAUUUUUCUAUUCGAUAGAUAUGUUAAUACACAGCCUUAUUCCCAGGAAUUCCAGUUCAAUUAGCCACAAUUAAACAAGCAAGAGAGCACCACAGCAAGAAUGGACGCAGCUAGUUUUAAGGGGUAAUACAAUGACUGAUGUGCUGGUUUUUAUUUAUUUUCAAUCUAAGUUCGCAAGCUGUUUAGAUUUAAUCGAGCAUCUCAUUCCUAAAUAUCUUUCUUGAAUUGUGCACCCAGCGAUACUUCUGCAGAGCCAAUUCGUAAAGUUCGUUAUAGUUGUUUCAAAAUAGACAUUUUACAGGACUUUGUAAAUGGUAACAAGAUUUCUCCGAACAAAAAUGCCACGCCGCAAGGGAUACGUGUUCUCGUAGCAAUUUCUAGGAAAAGAAAAAUAGGAAUACUGUACAUAUAGUGAAAAACUAUUGCAUUAACGGUCAAAUCGAAUCAUACGCUGAAUGUACCAUGACGAAACUGCUUAUCUCUGUGUGUAAUGUAUAUUGCUGUGGCACAGAAAACCACUGAAAGUUCGAUCCAAACAAUAGGAGCGGUUAGGUGAAUGUGCAACGCUAAGUUUUCAUGCAUAAUAACCAGAUUAAACUUUUAAGCAAACUAUGUGAUGUAUUAUAAAAUCGAAUCUGUGAGUUUGUGCGUUUGCGUGUGUGAUUGUAUACAUGUGUAUGUGCGAACCCCAGUGAACCGGCGUUUCGCUCUAGAUUGAAUUUUAUAUUACAGAGUUGUAAGAGAAGAACAACCCGGUACGAAUCUGUUCAGUUCAUUUUUUCUGUUAGGGCCCAUUUCUAUUUUGUUUAUGAUUCAGCAUGCUUGUAGUGCUAUAACGAAAACGGAACGAACGCGUGGCUGGAAUCGAGCAUGUAUGUUUAUUGUUUAGGCAGAAAGGUUCAAAACCCACAAAAGAUGUAAGUUACUAGGAUGAUGUGAAUGUACAACCAAAAUUCGUGAAAUGAACAAGUAGCAAGCGAAUCGUUUCUCUACUUGCUGUGUAUACAAAGUUUAACUGUCCUUCCGUGGGAUACAUCAUUCUGUUUCAUAGUAAUCUCUCUACGUGCAUUGCAAGAUAAUAUAAUAUUAAUCUAGUAUUUAGUGAUAAAUUCAAAUAUUAUCGAAUCCAACGAUAAAAAAGAAAGAAAAAAAACAUGAAU